ACCGGCGGCUUAAAGAGGCGGGGAAGGCCGAAGACCGGCCGGCGGAGGGACCGGCUGCCGACCCGGGCCGACCCGGCCAUGCUCCGCGGCCCGCGGCGUCCACUCUGGCUCCUACUCCUGCUGCUGCUGCCGCCGCCCCCGGGCGCGUGGGGACACGGCGGCCACGCGAGGCCGAGGGAGGGGGCCGAGGAGGCGGACUCGGCCGGGGCCUGGCCGGCCUUCCAGGGCCUGCGGGAGCGGCUGAGGGCAGCCGGCGCCCUCUCCAGACGCUACUGGGCUCUCUUCAGAUGCCGCGUGUGGCCUGCGAGCUGCGGGAAGGAUGAAGAGGCGCCGGCGCGGCCCCUGGGCUGGAGCCUUCCCUUGUUGGGCCAGCAGUACCUGGAUAUCCUGACCACGUGGUACUGCAGCCUCCAGGACUGCUGCGACAGUGGGGACUGCAGGAUCGUCAACAACUUCACAGGCCUAGAGGCGGACCUGCGCGUGCGCCUGCACGGCCAGCACCUGGCCCGGGAGCUGGUCCUGACAGCAGCGAGGGGCUACUUAGAGCUGCCCCGGCCAGACAAGGCCCUGGCUCUGUCGUUCCACGGCUGGUCCGGCACAGGCAAGAACUUCGUGGCGCGGAUGCUAGCGGAGAACCUGUACCGGGACGGGCUGAGGAGCGACUGUGUCAAGGUGUUCAUCGCCACCUUGCACUUCCCUCACCCCAAGUAUGAGGACCUGUACAAGGAGGAGCUAACAGGCCAGAUUAGGAAGACGCAGGAGCACUGCCCCCAGACCCUGUUCAUUUUAGACGAGGCCGAGAAGCUGCACCCGGGACUGCUGGAGGCCCUCAGGCCGUACCUGGAACGCCAGGCCCCCGAGAAGCCCAGGGCCGAGUCCCCGAGAACCAUCUUUCUUUUUCUCAGUAACCUUGGGGGCAAUAUCAUCAAUGAGGUGGUCCUGAACCUGCUUAAGACUGGGUGGUCCCGGGAAGAAAUUGGGAUGGAACACUUGGAGCCCCACCUCCAGGCUGAGAUUGUGGCGUCCACAGACAGUGGCUUUGGGCACAGCUGCCUUGUGAAGGAAAACCUAAUUGACUUCUUCAUCCCCUUCCUACCACUGGAGUAUCGUCAUGUGAGGCUGUGUGCACGUGAUGCUUUCCUGAGCCAGGAGCUCCUGUAUACAGAAGAGGCACUAGAUGAAAUCGCCAAGAUGAUGGUGUACGUCCCCAAGGAGGAACAGCUCUUCUCUUCCCAGGGAUGCAAAUCUAUUUCCCAGAGAAUUAACUAUUUCCUGCCUUGAGGUCUAGAGGAAAACUCUCUGAAGCUGCCUUCCUUCCACUAAUAGGACCCUGGGGCCUGUCAGCACACUGUCCAGGACAUACGGGGUUGGAGGGGCAGGCUAGCAUCCAGCAGCCACCAACACACAAGUGGUGUGUAAAAGGGAGGCCUUAAAUCAGAGACAGAGCCAGUUCUUAAAAAUCACUUGGUGCCUUUAAGAGCCACAUUCCAAAAUGUGGGCCAGCUGGUUGGAGAAAGUCAUGUGGGAGAUAAAGCCCAAGGAUUUAUUAGUGUAUCAGCUCUUGUCUGCAGAUGCCUGGACUUGGGUAUUGGGCCUGAGGCUCGCAGUAUCCUUGGUGACAGAGAAGGGAGAAAAGGAACUUCUGCUGACCAGUGGCAGGAAUGGAAUAGACCUCACGUUUGCAGACUGGGUGGGUUAGCUUUCAAGUUGUUAUUCUCAGAAGAAAGCUGAGCAGCUUCUACCUGUGAGAUCAGGAAGGAGCCUCAGGCUGAAGGGAAAAAGUGCACAGAACAAUUUUUUUUUUUUAAAUCAAGUCGGUGUAGGCUAAGACUUGUUCUGCUGUGCAGAUUUAAAUCUUAACUAAAAUUAGAGAAUUUUUUAAAGUUAGGGACCUUGACGUGAUUGUAUCAUAUGUAAAGAUUAAAAUUUUGUAUUUUCCUAAAACCCUCAGCUUACUCACCUUCUUACUGAGCCCUAGUUAUCAUGCUCACUCAGCAGAAUUCCACAUUCCGGGCAAUAGCGGUGGGGACUGGUGGAGACAGGGACGUGUGUGUCCCUCACAGAGCUGACAGGGCGGCUGCCUGGUCUGCCAGUGGACUUCAGCAUGCUCUGGGACCACAUCAGCUGAGCCGGGCUAUUUCAGCCUCUUCCUGAAGAGGCAUCCACAGCAUAUUGCCCUUAUGAAUGAAAACAGCACUCCUACACUCCCAGCUUUAAAAAGAAAAAGUCAUUGUUGAGGACUGAAUGGCCAGGUGUAAGUGUGUACCUUGUUCCUCUAUUAUACACAGGAGGUGCUCAUCAUGUGUUUUUGCCCUUCCCUUGGUUCAUCCCUACUACACACUUCCAGAAUCACACACGGCUCUUCUAUAUGUCAUCACCUCAGGUGGCCCUCUUACCUACAGUCCUCCCAACCCUCUCACCUUUAGCCCUGCUUCUCUCCCAUUUAACACUUCAUUACGUUCAUUUACUCGAAUAGCUGCCCCUAGGUUCGGGAGUACCUAGCCCAAACCACAUCAGACACCCAGUCAACAUGCAAGUGAAUUAAAGGAACUGUUUCACCUCACCCAUGGGACAGAAGUAAACUUGGCCGAACUGUACAAUAAAAUGGGAGUCAGUUUUAGGUUCUGGUUCACUGUCUCAGUCUAGAGCAUCUCAGGAACAGUAUACAGCCACCCAAAACCGUAACAUACCCAGAGCUAAACUCUAAAUCCACAUUUUAAAAGGUACGUUCUAUAGCUUUAGGUCUCAGAGCCACAGAACAGCUGACAUGCUUUUAGCACUGGCCAGCCAUGUCUGGUGUCAAAUACUGGGUCUGAACCUGUUAUACCUCGGGAACCAAGACAAGCAGCAGUGGUUCUGAACACUCCUCUGGAGCCAGGCGGCUCUGCUCAGCGGCUCAGCCACUUACCGCUUGCUGUUGAGACCAUGGGAAAGCUACUAGCCUCAGUUUUACCUUGGUUUCCACUUUUGUAAAAGUGAGCAUAACUGUACCCACCUCACAGGGCUGUGGAGAUUUAAAUGAAUUAAUAUAUAUCAAGUACUCAGGACACAGAGCUUUAGGUGUUUUAAGAAUAAUAGGGACUUCCCUGGUGGCACAGUGGAUAAGACUGUGCUCUCAAUGCAGGGGACCCAGGUUGGAUCCCUGGUCAGGGAACUAGAUCCCACCUGCAUGCCGCAACUAAGAGUUCACAUACCACAGCUAGGGAGCCCACGUGCCGCAACUAAGGAGUCCUGGAGUCACAACUAAGGAGCCUGCCUGCUGGAACUAAGACCUGGUGCAACCAAAUAAAUAUUUUUUUAAAAAGCACAAUAAAACCUGGUAAAACUGCUGUCUGUUAUGGCACCAUACGGAAAGCCCAGGCUGGGCCUUUCCCUCCAUUCUAAUUCUUGGAACCCUGGUUGGUCGAGGUUUGUUUCAGGUAGCUAACAUUUGUGAACAUAACCACGUGCCAUACCGCAUGCUAAGCACUCUGUAGCCUAGCUGAUACCUCAUGUAAUCCUUAACACUAUGAUUUAGGGACCAAUUUAAUCACCAUCUAAUGACUGAGAAAACUGGGGCUCUGCCAGGUUAAAUGUCUUGUGUUAAGUCACAGAGCUAGUCAGUGGAGGAGUGGGAUUCACCCCAGGCAGUCCAACUCCAAUUCCUAGGCUUUCAUGACUUGUUUCUAAAAUGAUUUUCUUGGUAAAUGCCAUGGCCUCAGGUGUGGAAAGUGUUACAAGUAAUACAAAGAGGGAAAAGAUAACAAUGGGAGGCUCUCCUUGGAAGACUCUGAAACAAGACUUCCUAAACUAAACAAAAAUGCAUGGCAGAAAAGGACUGAAGUUGCUGUGAGGAGAUGUAUAAAGUGAUGCUUAACAGGGUCAGGGAGGAGAGUCUGUCCCCUUCUAGGGUCUUUGGCUGGCCUAAUAAUUAAAUUGACAUAAGAUUAACAGGAGAAAAACAAAAGUUUAAUAAAAUGUAUACAUGUGAGAGACUCGGAGAAAACGAACUCCAAAAUGGCAGAAACUAUUCACCCUAAAUACUAUUUUCAGCUGAAGACAAAAGCAGGGACUUCCCUAGUGGCACAGUGAUUAAGAAUCCACCUGCCAGUUCUAAGAGGGAAGUUUAUAGCAAUACAGUCCUACCUCAAGAAACAAGAAAAAUCCCAAAUAAAAAAUCUAACCUUACACCUAAAGAAACUAGAGAAAGAAGAGCAAACAAAACCCAAAGUUAGCAGACAAACUGGGACAUAUGUAGAGACAUGGAUGGACCUAGAGACUGUCAUACAGAGUGAAGUGAGUCAGAAAGAGAAAAACAAAUAUCGUUUAUUAACACAUAUAUGUGGACUAUAGAAAAAUGGUGCAAAUCAACUGGUUUGCAAGGCAGAAAUAGAGACACAGAUGUAGAGGACAAACAUAUGGA